ACCUAGGCUAUGUUUUAAUAAUGAUCUGUGCCUUAUUGUCGGGCGUUACCUAGCAACCAACGACGCACCAAACUUGAACUGCAUGCCAACUCAUUCAACUAUACGCAGUCUUUGAAGUUAGUUUUGCAAUAACUGCUCAAUUUAAAUAUUAGUUUAACUGUCCAACGCUUUUAUUUUCUGUCUGUAGGCUACUAAUGGCAGCGAAAGUUGUAGGUGUGCGAAUUUAUCCCCCAGUUGUGGAGUUUAUCGACGUGAAAGCCGGGGAGGUUUACAAAACAACUCUCACAGUUACAAACACGGGGAAAUCUAAUAGACGAAUGCGAUUGCAUGGACCAAUUUCUAAGCUUUUCAGGUUGCGGGUGGUGAACCCGGACACACCCAUUGCUGCGGGGCUGUCCUUCACCGCCACAGUAGAAUACGCGCCAGAAAAGGAAGAAAACACUGCUGAUCGCUUGGUCCUAGUCUCAGAUGAUGACGUCAUUGAGAUUCCACUCCGUGUGUAUUGCCCAGCCUGCUCUUUGCGGAUGGACUCCCUUGUUGAUUUUGGCUCUGUGGUGGCAAAUAGUCAGAUUAUCAGUAAGGAUGUGGAACUGACCAAUCAAGGAUCUGCUCCAGGUGCCUUUGAGAUCCUGUACCAGGGGGACACGCCCCUCAGCAUCACGCCCUCCAGUGGUGUUGUGGCGUCCGGAGGCACUGAACUGGUGAGAGUGGAGCUGUGCGCUGACCAACCCCAGCGGGUGUGUGAGGAGGCCACGGUGAAGCUCCAGGGUAGCAGUGACUUGGUUCUGAGGAUCUGUGUUGAGGUGGUGCAGCAGGCUCUGGAGUUGCUGGACCCUUCUCGCGAGGUGAAGCUGUCCUGCCUCCGAUUCGGCCCCACUUAUUUUGGGACGUCCCGGCUGGAGAGAGUGGUUCUGGUGAACAGGGGCCCGGAGCCCAGUGACUGGGUGGCCCUGUUGCAGGACGAUGCCAUCGGAACUGAGGCGGGCACUGACCUGCAGAAGAACACGUGUGUGGAGCUGCUGGACCGAGACCGGCGGGGAGAGGCUGCCCUGGGGGAUUUCUCUGCUGUGCUCACCUGUGUGCCCAGUGAGGGGAGGCUAGAACCCAAUCAGAGAGCCCUCCUUUCUGUGUGCUUCAGUCCUGCGGACGACAGGGCUCCCAAAGACAAAGGCAGCUCUGUCCAUCCUCCCAAACGAGACUUCAGCCUCUUCAUGAAGUUUGAGAUUGUGGGCAGUAAAGAAGGCUUCAUACAGCAGCUGAGCCGAACCACACUUCCCUGCAAUGGAAGUGUGGAGCUGGCAGUCACAGGGUCUGCGCUCCCGCUCUCACUCUCCGUCAGUCCCAGCUACAGCUAUGACUUCCAGCAGUGCAUGAUGGGAGAGCGUGUGGACGUCCUGUGUGUCCUCCACAACCACUCCGCUCUGCUUCCCGUCGCGUUCCGCUUCCGCAAGACCGCCAACUUUGCCACCGAUCCGUCCAGUGGGCACAUCUCCCCUGGGCAGUGCCAGGAUGUGGUGCUGUCCUUCGUCCCGCACCAGAUGGGCGUUUUCCGAGUGCGGCACGUCCUGGAGGUGCUGGGUCAGGUGGCGCACCUGGACCACACCGCCGCACAGCUGCACCUGCAGAGCUUCCAUCACACGGUCCUGCAGCUGUCCGCUUCGUGUGCGGCGUCGAGCGCGAGCGUCACGCGUAACGCUGGGUCAGGAUUCACUCGGGCUGUGACCACGGAGACGGGCCGGUCUGAGAGUGUGUGGGCAGGUGAGCUGGACACCUGUGUGGGCGGGGUUCACCUGGCAGCUCCAGGUGCAGCCAUGAUGCGCUCGCUCCGGGGCAGCCAGAAUCCGGGACAGAGCCAGUGCGUCACCAUGAAGUACAGGACCACAGCACAACCGUACAGUUACGUGGACCCGGACUUUGCCUUCACUGAGGAAGAGGAGGGGCAGAGGAAGCAGCACAAAGAGAGAUACCUCCACUUUAUCAGAGCCCUGCGCCAAUCCCGCCUGCAGAGGGCCAGAGACAGGAAGCUGGCUGCGGCCCAGGGUGAGGUGAACAUCGGGAUCCCUCCGGCUGCGGGCCUGGUCCCCCCGCGCCUCUCCCUGCAGGACAUGGAGCUGGACCAGAGCGACGGGCGUGGCCUCACCCGUCGGACCGGCCUGCUCACCACCUGCGCGCUCGCUGCCAUGGAAACCAGGGCGGCCUCCAGACUGGUGACAGAAGGGAUGAAUGCGGUACCCUCCUCUGCAGAAGAGAUGGCCGACUGCGGGAAAGCUCUGUCUGCUCAGCAGCUCUACCAGGUGGUCAUCGGCCCGUCCGCGGUGGACUUCGGCGAGGUGUGCGCGCAGUCCGCCUCCGCGCGGCAGCUGAAGGUGGCGAACGGCCUGCGGGCGCACGUGUGGGUGCAGGUGGAGGUGGGCUGCCCCGAGCUGCAGCGCUCCAGCCCCCUGUCCCACGUCCUGCCGCCCCUGUCCAGCACCACGGUGCCCCUCAUCUUCGAGAGCGCCACCCUGGGCUCCUUCAGCAGGUGUGUCUCAUACACAGUGAACAGGAAGCACUCUGGUCAUGUGGUGGUCCAGGCGGAGGUGGUCCCUGUGGCCCUGGAGCUCUCGGCCUCAGAGGUGGUCCUGUGUCCCACCCACGGCCUCCUCGCCCAAUCAGGCUACAGAGGCAGCGUCACACUGUCCAAUCGGCGCAACCACCCGGCCCACUUCACCUGGAAGCCCAUUAUCACCGAUCGCGGCAUCGCUUUCUCAGUCCGACCCGCCACAGGUACCGUGGAGGCCUACCGUGAGCUGGACUGUGAGGUGGUGUGGCACCCUUCAUUCUACUCCCCCCUGGAGGGGCAGUUUGACCUGUGCGUGCACCAGGGCAACACUGCCAGGCUGCAGUGUGUCGCUAAGGUUGGGUCCUGCAGUGUCCAGCUGGCUGAAAAGCACAUGUUAUUGAGUUCAGUGCCUCUCAAUUUCACAACCAUUAGAACUACAGUAUUGCGCAACACUGGCCACAACCACGCCUACUUCCAGGUGUUUGAUGUGUACCCCCUGCCGGGGAUGGUGGUGACUCCCUCAGAGGGUGUGGUGCCUGUGGGAGGGCAGGCGGAGAUUCAGAUCCACUUCACUCCGGAAGCGGUGGUGAAGUUCGACACCAGAGUGGAGAUUGGUUUGAAGAGCUCUAAAUCCCUGGAGCUGAGACUGGGGGGGUGUGUGGAGCCCCCCCUAGUGGACAUCAGUGUGAAGUCCUUCCAGUUCCACGGCGUCCAUUCUGGCUCUACCCGCGAGGCUCCUUUCACCCUUCAGAACCUCUCCUCCUCUCCGGCCUGUGUGCAGUUUGACCUGUCGGAGCACAAAGACUUUGCUGUGGAGUUCCCUCAGGGCACAGGCACCAGACUGGAGUCGCACCUCUAUAAGAUAACACUGGAGGGGCUGGAAACGGUGGAGUGUUCUCUCAUAUUCUCCCCGAAACAAGUCGCGGCGUACGACUUCAACCUGCCUGUGACUCUGAACAGCAUCGGCGCCCCCUCUCCUCCCCCGAGCUCCGUGCCCAAAACGCCGUCCUUCCGGGACAGGCACAUCGUCACCCCACGGCCUCAGCCGGUCACCGUGGUGACGCCGUCCCGCAGGGUGCAGGCCACAGCUCUGAGGCCCCCUCUGGAGAUGUCUCGGUCCAGCGUACAUUUUGAGAUAAACCCUGUGGAGGGGUCAUCCACUGCAGUGAAGAUACAGACCCUGGAGCUGAGGAACUCCUCCCAGGAGGAGGUGCGCUGGAGGUUUGCUCGGGGAGCACCUGCUCACGGGGCCGAGGAGGGCGAGUUCGCCGUCUCCCCGGAGACCGGAGUCCUGCGGGCCGAGCAGUCCGUGUGCAUUACCGUUACAUUUUCACCAGCCUCACCCGGAUGCCUCAGUGUCACGCUGCCUCUCUUCCUGUGGGAGGAGACGCUCCACCCCUACAGACUGCUCUCCCUCAGCGCCCGUGUGCACGCGCCCGCCAUCUCCUUCCUGCCCGCGCGUGUCAUCCUCGCACCCGUGCCUCUGGACACGCCCGCUUCUGCCACACUCACCCUGCUGCCCAGUGGGUACACCAGGGGGUCCUGGCUCCGGGUGGAGCUGGAGGAGGUGGAGCUGGAGGACGGCGGGCGGGUGCAGCCCUUUUCGGUGGUCCUCCCCCAGGGCGGGGCCGUCCCAGCGCAGGCUGCAGGGAGCAGUGAGCCCCUCACCUGCUCCGUCACCUUCCGCUCCCAGCAGCCCCUCUCCAUCGCCUCUCUCAUCACCUUCUCCGACCGGGACGGCAACAGGUUUCAGGUAGAGGUGUGUGCGACGGCGGAUAACUGCCUGCUGACCGUCUGGCCUUAUCUUGCAGUGCAUCGCUCCGACCAGCAGAUCAUUCUCAAGAGUGGACAUCUGAGUGGGGAAUCGGGACAGUCCCAGCUGAUAGGGGAGGCCAUGCUUCGACCGUGCCCCUCCCGUGACUCCCUGUCCCGCAGCACCACCUCCAGCUCCACCUUCGCCAUGCUGAGCUCCAUCAGGGGGGAGACGCCAUCCAACUCGGAGGUGGAGAGCGGUAGCGAGUGUGGGCCGCAGAGGAAAGAGCAGCCGGACGUCCCGGAGAGGAUGGGGGCUCUGGGGCUCCCCUGCUUCCUCCCCGAGGACUCCGCGGAGAGCUGCUUCUGCCAGGCCGUCCUGCAGGCUGCGCAGAACUGGUUCAGCCAAUUCGGCUGGCCCCGGGGGCCACACCCCAUCACCCUGCCCCAGGGCCUGAGGAGGGCCGUGUGUAAGAUGCUGGCCCCUGACCCGGGUCAGAAGAAGGCCUACCAGGUGCACCAUGGGAAGGACACGAAGACCGUCUACGACAUGCUCCUCCACCUGAGCGGCCAGGUGCUCCCCGGACUCAGCAGCAGCCAAUCGCUGCCCCGCAGUCUGCCGAAACGCGCCGAGCAGCUCCACCGCCAGCACGCCACGCUUCUGUCCUUCCUCAGCGCUCAGGGGGCCUGCCUGUCCCAUAUUAGACCUGAGUACCUCCUGGAUCAGCAGGAAUUCAACCACUGGCAGUCCCUACCGGAUCAGCAAAAGAAUGGGGCAGUGGGUCCGGUCAGUCUGGAUGACAUGGCCUUUGAGUCUCUGAGCAAACGUGCCUGGACUGAUGUUCUGCUGCAAACCUACAAGGUCUUGGUGCUCCCCCGGGUUACAGAGGUGAACUUGGAAAAUCUCCCGGAUUGGGAGAGUAUUGGGCACAUCCCCAGGAUCAACCCUGACCCCCUAGCCAGCAACAUCUACUCCACCUGGGAGAGAAGGCUCCUCACCUGGCUCAACCUUCACUACCACAAGAUGAGAAGCGUGGUGUGGAACCCCAGCGUCUGUAAAGAUGACGUCCCGCCGGCCCGGUGGAUCGUGAACUUUGACCUGGACCUGGUGGACGGACUGGUCCUGGCGGCUGUGCUGGCAGCGCACUGCCCUUUCCUGAUUCCCACUCACUUCCAGAGGAUGUACACCAGCCCCAGCAGCCUGGAGCAGAACCUCCACAACAACAUCAUCCUGAGCCAAAGCCUGCAGCUGCUCCGCCUGGACAUUGACAUACAGGCUACAGACCUCUCUGACCCGAACCCCAUUCAGCUUCUGAUGUUAUGUUUGCAUCUGUAUGAGCGCCUGCCUCAGUACCUGCCUAAAAGGACAAUCACACUGUCAGGCAGUCUGCACUGCACCUUCACAAAACAGUUGCGGCUGAAGAACCCCUCCACCAGAACGCUGCUGUACCACGCCUCCAUCCUGGGCCAGGAGUCGCCCCACUUCUCCCUGCCGCACGGCCCCACCGUCAGCAUCCCCCCAAAGGGGAAUGUGGAGGUGCAUGUGCACUUUUUUUGCCACUUCUUGCGGCCGAUGGAAGCGGUGCUUUUGUUUACGUCCCGGGCGUCGUCCGGGCCCCUGGGGGCCACGCUGGCUUUCUCCUUACGCUCUGAAGUCGUCCGCAUCACCCCCACUGGUUUUGGGAAAUGCAGAUCACCGUGUUACCAGCUGGCAGAGACCAAGCUGAAAGUGGUGAAUCCCUUCAGUGAAGAUGCCAGAUUCAGAGUGUUUAUGCUGGAGUCCAAAGAGAACCUGACCCAGGCAUGUGACAAAGAAGGCGGUCCUAAGGACCUGAUCCAGCGAAUAACGUCAGUGGGCAGUCUGGACCGACACUGCAGAGACAAUCAGCUGAAUGAGAGGAUGGAGACAAACGCUGGUGAUGGAGCCGCAGGGGCCAUCAGUGAGUUUUUCAGCCCCCUGAAGAAUGUGUGUUUGAAGACGGGGGGUUUCGACUUCCUGGAAAUACAGUACCUUCCAUUUCACCAGGGCAAGAGAUACUGCUUCAUUCUUCUGCUCAACGAACAGGUGGGGGACAUGGUGUACUUAGUUGAUGGAACUGCAGACCUCCCCCUGCCAUCUCCGCUGAUUUCAGAGCCCAGUCCUAAUUUGGUGCAUCUCAGCAGUUCAGUGGGGACCGGCAGGCAGAAAGCCGCGCUGCGCUUCAGGUGCAGCGCGGGCGGCGGCGGCCUGCGGGAGAGGGUGCGCGUGCCGCUGGUGAACGAGGCCUGGGAGCGGGCGCUGGUCGCCGUGGCGACGCGGGGCAUGUCGCCGCUGGAGCUGGAGAGGCGGCGGAGGACUGGGACCGUGGACAGCAGCACCGUCAGGGCGGGCGUGGCCGCAGCAGGACUGACCGCCACUCAGACUCAGGUGAUGGAGUACAGUGUGGAGGUUUCCAUGCCAGAGCACUUCCUCCUCCCGGACACCAUCUCACUUCCUGUGGGCAGCGAGGGUGGAGACUCACAGCUCUGCUCAGAUGGUGAGGGGGUCUGGGUGCCCCUGCAGUUCCGCCCCGGGUCAGAAGGGCGGUACCGGUGCCAGGUGGCGCUGCGCUCCUGGCAGGACGUGCGGGUGCACGUGCUGGAGGUGACGGUGCGCGGGGAGGAGCUCCAGGCCGAGCUGGAGUUCACCGCGCCCGCCCACACGUCCGUCACUCAGGACAUCCCGCUCAACACGGAGACCCUGAAGGACUGCAGGCUGCGGGGCCUGCUGCCUGUGUGGGGCUUCUCUGCCCCACCUGUAGUGUACGUCAGAGCGGGACAGAGGCUCAGCUACCCCGUGACCUUUCACCCUACCUCCAAGUGUGUCGUCAUGGGCCGUCUCUCCCUGGUUAAUGAGGCGGAUGGGACGGAGUACAGUUUCGGUGUGCGGGGGCUGGGGGAGCGGCCGCGGGCUCAGGACCAUGUUCAGAUUCACUGCGCUGUGCAUGCAGUGGCCCAGGCCAGGCUGCAGGUCCCCAACUACAGUCAGAGCACCGUCACCUGCAAGGUAGUUUCUGACCUGUCCAUUGUCAGUGGACCUCCCACUCUUGAGAUUAAACCAGGACACUGUGUCCCAUACACCAUCAGUGUGUCUCCAUGGAAACGAGGAAUACACAAAGGGGAGAUCUCCUUUGUAGCUGCAGAGAGGGCCGCUCCAGCUAUGGGCAGAAACUCCAUCUGUACACCUGACCAACUUCUGCGUGACCCAGAAUAUCAGGGCGAGAAGAUCUGGCCCUACGAGGUGUGGUUCUCCUUGGAGGUGAUCUGUUCUCCUGCCCCGCCCGUGAAGGUCAUGACCGUGCGCUGCGCUGUCCACAGCUCUGUUACCGUGGAGAUUCCAGUCACUAACCCAGGGGCGGAGCCUGUGCAGUUGCAGGUGUUUGUGGAGGGUCCUGACCUGUCCGGGGAUGUUAGCAUGGGUGUGCCAGGCCAGGAAACACUCUCUUACCUGGCCAGGUUUGCUCCAGCGACAGUGGGAAGAAAGUCUGGCAGUGUUGUCUUCCAGUCUGAGGUGCUCGGGGAGUUCUGGUACCAGCUGGAUCUGAUGGCUGACCCGCUAUCCCCCACAACCCUGCCCGACUGCAGCUGUGAAUUGGGAAAAUGGACGAGGAUUUCCCUCCCGCUGUCGAACCCCACAGACGAGAUGCUGGAGCUGGACGUGCUCAACAGCAACCCCCAGAACUUCGCCCUGGAGCCAGGCACCGGCCACGAGCUCACUGUGGAUCCUCACUCCAGCACCCAGGUUCUGGUGCGGUUCUCACCUUCUGCUCUGGGGAGAGAAAACCACACCGCACGCGUCUGUUUCACCUGCCCCCAGCUGGGCGAGUGGGUUUUCCUGCUGUCCGGGACGGGCGUGGCUCCGGGGUCCAUGGAGCCCCUCUCCGUCGCCAGUAGAGUGGGAUCCCACUCCUCCCUCAUCCUGCCGUUCAGGAACCCCAUGGAGGACGAGGUGGUGCUUCACGUCUUCCUCACAGAUGAAGAGCAAAGCUUGAGCACCCUACACCCCUCAGUCCUGGGACAGUCCCAUGAGUGCAUGACAAAGGCCUUCAGCAUUCCGCUACGAAAGACACAAGGUAUCACUCUAGCUCCAGAGGCCACCCUGGACGUGCCAGUGGUGUUCACCCCAGACUCCAUGCAGCGGUACUCUGCCUGGGUAGUCAUCCUAAUGGAGCCAAGAAAUGGACAGAGCUGGAACCCUGAUAGGCUGAGGGAGCAAGAGGGCGGGGCUACCAGCGAAUGGGGUGGAGAGGGGGCGGAGCUCACUGAUAAUCAGCAGGACAGGUCUCUUGGUGUGGCAGCGGAGCCCGCCAGUCCGCGGGCGAUUCGCUGGGUGUACCCCGUCCAUGGCAUCCCCGAGGCUGUGCUUGGCCCCUCCCACCCAGAUGUUAUCAGGUGUCAGGCUCGGUGCCGCGUGGAGGAGCGUCUGGACGUGCAGCUGACGGGGUGUGUGCCGGGGCCAUCGGCCGCCCCCGUGGCCCGAGAGCAGGCUGGCGGCGAGCGCAGCGUGGCUCCAGCGGGACCAGGCUCCAGGUCGAUGCAGGAGGACUUCCUGUAUGAGAUUCGAUUUGAGAAAGAGGAGGGGCGGGCCCAGCUGGAACAUUGCAUUGCUUUGUCUCUCCUGGGGUGUGAACGAGACCCCCAGUCUGGCAUCGUCACCCUCUCCUUCAGCAUUGUGUUUGCCCCCUGCAAGCCCACCAGGUGUGCAGCAGAAGUAGCGGUUCAGUGCAUCACUGGCGGACUCUGGAAAUUUCCCAUCAUGCUCAUCUCCACAGAGCCGCAGGUAGAUGAUGUCAUCAACAUAGAAGCAGCAGGCCUGAAUAAGACAUCGGGAGUGGGUUUCCGACUCACUAGCCAAUCCAGGUACCCAGAACCCUUCACUGCACGCUUGUUGCCAGGCAGCGGGCCUGAGUUCCAGGUGACUCCUCAGUCAGGAGAGCUCCUUCCUGUGGGCUCACCUGGCACCCUCCUCACCGUUACCUUCACCCCCAGCAUGUACAGCAAAAGACACCAGGCAACGCUGCUCGUGCAGACGGCAGACAUGCAGUGGACCUAUGAGGUCAACGGGGUACUUCCAGUCUACACUCCUCCCUCUCCUGUGUCCGUCAAGGCCAAAGGAUCCAACAAGCUCCGCCCCUCGGGGGCGCGCCAGCAGGACGUCCUGCAGCAAAACCUUCAGGGUCCAGCCGCUGCAGCCAAAUGAACCCAUCGGUGCCCUGUCCCUCACACCCACAAUCAUAUAAACCCCCGUUCCCCAUUGGCUGUGUUCUCUUGGGUAGUAGAGUGUAGCCAGUUUGUCUGUUAGUUAGUGGUCACUUGAAUGGGGUCCAGUCAAACAGCAGGUUGCCAAGGAACCUUUUCCUCCAGUGACCUUACGCGUAUCUCCUGUCCUCGCUGUGCAGUACACAUCUCCCUCCGAAACUAUCGGCUCCUUUACAGGACACAGACCCCAAAGCAGUCUCAUUCUAAACAAUCACAGCAUCCCAGCUGUCAGUACCGAGAAAAACAGUGUUUCAGGUGUAACAGUGUUUUCACUUGUUAAAGGAGUCACAGGUCUCCUAUCCUUUUUUCAAAGAGACAAUUAUAGGGAUCCAAUCCUUCAUUAGAGCCAAUCACAGCGUUCCAGUUCUUCAUUACCUAAUUCAGUGAUCCAGUCCUGCAUUAUAGUGAAUCACAGUGUUCCAAUGCUGCAUUACACUGAAUCACAGUGUUCCAAUUCUUCAUUACCAAGAAUCAGAGUGUUUCAAUAUUAGUUUUCCUAGAAUCAUUAGUUCCAUCAUACCCACCUCACCACAAGGCCAGGCUGACAUGUAGUGAGCUGGGCACAGUCAUUUUGUGAGAGGGAAGAUUGGAGACAUAGCAUAGUGUAAGAUUUUUUUUUUUUUUAAAAGAAGGUAUUUUUCCCAGUAGCAGUAUCUUGGUCCUGAUCGAACACACGCUGUCGCAAGGGGUGGUCUUGUCACCGUGGCAGCAUUUCAUUUCUCAUUAAAGCUUAAUCUCUCUUAACCCUUCUGCGUUCCUCCUCUCUGCAGCGUUUGUGCAAAUGGCGGCAGUAAAGCAGAGAGCCUGAGAAAGUCCACCGCGUCCCCGUAACUGAUGAUCUGAUCAUCUUAAACCGUUUAAACGGCAGUUAGCCUCCCAUUAAGGACAAGCCAAACACUGUGUCAGCAGAAGAGCCAGGGAGAGAAGGGUGGAGAAGGGGAGAGGAAGAGAAGAAGGGACAGAAAUCGUGUGAAGGAGGAGUGGGGAAAAGGGAAAGAGAGAGAAAGACCAACAUAGAGAGGCAGUUUGGAUAAAAACCGCUGCAGGACUCACAGUGGCAGCGAAUUAAAAAAAAAAAGUUUUUUAAAAAGAACCACAAAGAUCUGAAAUCAAGAGUUCUGCCAAAAGUUGCUGUUACGGAUUAUUUAAAUACUGGUUAAGGUAAUUUAAUUAAUUUAGAGGGGGAAAUAUGAAAUUUCUUUUUUAAUAUUGUUUUGGCCAACAUGGUGACUGAAAUAACCAAAAAUGUCUGCUUCCAUUUUGCCAAAUCGUCUUUCUACAUUUUGGGAGUUGUUUUUUGAUGCACAUAUGGAAUUAAGAGCAAUGAUUGUUGUACCUGAGAAAUUAAUAACUUUUUUUGCAACAUAAAAAACAUUAAAAAAACGAAAGAAAACAA